ACAAUGAACGCUCCUUAACAAUAUGGCGGCGCGCUUGAGAGUAUUUUUGUGCGUAUGAUGACCGUAUACCACUAAGUGUACGGCUAAUGUAAGAUGAGAUAACAAAGAUGCAGCGGGUUUUGCUCUCUUGGCGCAAUGGAAGAGCAAGCUUGAAGUUGAAACUGUGGUAUUGUCACUGAUCCGAGAACUGGCAUUUCGAGAUAUGGCAGAAGAUUACCUGUUUCUUGGUACUCCUUUGGAGGAACUUGACGAAGACGAAAUCCCCCGGAAGAAGUUCCAGCCCGAUCUCACCGUCAGAGAUGCGCAGGGAAGGCGCCGGUUUCACGGAGCUUUUACUGGUGGUUUUUCCGCUGGGUACUUCAACACUGUUGGCACCAAAGAAGGUUGGACUCCUUCGACGUACAAGUCAUCAAAGACAAACAAAUCAGAAAAUGUUGCUGCAUCUAGGCCUGAAGACUUUAUGGAUGAAGAAGACCUGGGGGAAUUCGGAAUCGCCCCUCAAAGGAUCCAAGUACGAGAUGACUUUGUUGACUUUACCGAACAACGGAAGCGACUUCGGGAGCCACCACGAAUUCACCAAGGUCCAAUACCUGGUUCCCCGCCAUUGAAAAACCUCUUUAAGCCUGUCAGCCGGAGUAUUGGUGUCAAGCUCCUAAACAAGAUGGGCUGGCGUCAAGGACAGGGCAUAGGAGAACGUGUAAAACGAGGAAAGCCAAAGCAAGCCCAGGAGCAAACGGGUGUCAAAGUGUAUGGCUGUGCUUUGCCACCAGGCUCCGAAUCAUCUGGUGAAGAGGAUGAGUUUGCUGCAGAGCAUUCAUUUGCACCAGCUGAUGUAGAUGAUGUACUGUAUGUUCCCAAGGACAACCAACAUGGCAUUGGAUAUAUCCCUCUGGACAAGCACUCUGUGCUGUCAGCACCAAUAGAUAUCGACCAACCUACAACAACUAGGUGCCACUUGGAAAAAAGCAAGAGGAAACUUGCUAUUACGGGACAGGCAUUUGGUGUUGGGGCUUUUGAAGAGGAUGACAGUGAUAUUUACGCCCGUGAAGAUAUGUCUCAGUACAGUUUUGAGCUAACUGACGAACCUGAGGACAAGCCUCGCAAGGUGCUUCCUGCCAUUGAGGGAGGAAGGAGCAAACAGAUACAUCAACUCACAAAGACACUGGAAGGCUUUCACCUUGCCAAAGAGCCACCAAUAGUGAUGAAGUUCUACCCACCACCGAAAAUUCCAGCAGAUUUCCAGCCUAUUCACAAGGCCCCUAAAAGAGAACGUAGACGCUUUGAAGAACCCAAAAGUGAACUUUGCAAAGACAAGAAAACUGAGCAUUCAGGAUCUGUCUUUGACCUCAUAUCACCAGCUGACAAGGAAAGGCUUGAAAGCAUCAAGAAAACUGGCAGCACUGAGAUCGUGAAAGCGACUGUUGAUUCCAGCAAAACGCAGCCACCUUUGCAUGUUUCUCAAAUGGCAUCAUCCACGAGCACACCCUCUCCUGUUCCUGUCUCUGAGCCAGGAAAACCAGUGAAGCCAUUUGCACGGGACGAAGCAAAGCAAAGGCGGUUUGAGCAGUACUUGUCCCUCUUGAACUCAAACAGACUUGAGGUGUUUUCAGCCAUGCAGCCAGUCAACAUGACAGAGUGGGAAAAGGAAAGAGAACGCAAGGAGUUCCAAAGGGCAGCUAUGAUCUGCCAGCCAAGCCAGGGCCUUGGUUCUCGGUUCGUCUCCACCAGAACACUCAAAGAUGAUGACACCAUUGAUGUACCUAUUGAUAGAGUGGAAGAAACUCCAGAUGCAGCCAAAGCAGCUCAAUUAGGCAUGUUUGGAAAACUGACACACGACGAAUUUGAAUGGCACCCAGUUGACCUUCUGUGCAGGCGGUUCAAUGUGCCAAAUCCAUAUCCAAACUGCAGCAAAGUUGGCCUGGAAACCGUCGCAGUUGACAAGCACAUAGUUUUCAACUUUUUGACACCUGUGAACCAAGAAAAGGAGCCUAAUGAAACACGUAAAGUGGAUGAAGGACCUGUGGCAGGUACUGAACCUCCUGGCUCAGGUGCUGAAAUGACGAGUACAGUGAAUGCCAGGCACAAUAAUGGAGAGGACUCCAGUGACAUAUCUGAAGAGGAGCGUCCACCUCUCGAAUUUUUCAAGUCAAUCUUUUCAGAAUCAUCCGAGGAUGAGGAGCAUGUAGAUAGUAAACCCACGUUAGGAGGAUCAACAGUAGAUGAGGUAGCUGUUGCAGGGGCUACUAAAACAAAAAUAAGCCCAAGUGAAGCAGUAAAGCAGCCGUCACGACCUGCCCUUGGAGUCUUUGCCAACCUGGACUUUGAGCAGCUCAAUCGCAGGGCACCACCAACACCACUGCAAGACAUGCCAUCUAAUCUAGCUACCAGCACAGUGGCUUGUGCUUCAUCAGGUGAAAUGUCAACAUCCCAGCCGACUAAGGAAACAUCUGGCAGUAGCAUAUAUGGCCCCGUCCCACCGCCUCUACCAAUAGGCAGCUCCAGUUCUACUAUCACUGCACUAUCAAUGCCAGCUAUCCCUCAAGGUUCUUCCAAGUUACAGCACCCGCGCAAACACAAGAAAAAAGAUCGCAAGUCGAAGAGCGAGAAGAAACACAAAAAAAAGCUCAAGUCUAAACUUAAGAAGAAGAAACACAAGAAGUAUGCAAAACAAGCAACGGUGGGAAAGGGCUCUCAACAUGAAAGCAGUGAAGAUGAUGAAACCAGUGAUUCUUCAAAUGAGGAACUGCCAACAUCUGAAAAAGAACCCUCUUAUAAGGACAUCAUGUCAAGGCUUGAGAAGCUGAGAAAGCUUAUGUGAUGGUGGGAUUUAUCAACAGUGGCUGAUGUCAA